CGCUCCCCCCCGCCGUCCCCAGCGUAGGUGGUCAAGAUGGCGGCCGGGGCGCUGCUGCGGGGGAGCGGGGGCCGCCUCCGCCGUGGACCCUUCCUGGCACCAGCGGCCAGUUCCCGCCUUUUCUACCUCAGGGGUCUUGCCUUAUCACAUAACCAAUCUGGAGAAGAGAGUUGGUUAAAAUCAUUGUUUGUCCGCAAGGUUGAUCCCAGGAAAGAUGCUCACUCCAAUCUCUUAGCCAAAAAGGAGACUAGCAGCCUUUAUAAAUUGCAAUUUCACAAUGUCAAACCGGAAUGUCUAGAAUCCUACAACAAACUUUGUCAAAGUGUUCUGCCAAAGAUCCAUGAAGGGAAGGAGUAUCCAUGUACACUGGUGGGGACAUGGAACACGUGGUACGGAGAGCAAGAUCAGGCUGUCCAUCUCUGGCGAUAUGAGGGCGGCUAUCCAGCCCUUACAGAAGUCAUGAGUAAACUUCGAGAUGAUAAGGAAUUUACAGAGUUUCGCAAAGCAAGAGGAAACAUGCUUCUAUCCCGCAAGAAUCAGUUGCUAUUGGAGUUCAGUUUUUGGAAUGAACCUGUUUCCAGGCCAGGGCCCAAUAUCUAUGAAUUAAGGUCUUAUCAGUUACGUCCUGGAACAAUGAUUGAAUGGGGCAACUACUGGGCCCGGGCCAUUCGUAUCCGGCAGGAUGAUAAAGAAGCUGUUGGUGGAUUCUUCUCACAGAUUGGGCAGUUGUACAUGGUCCAUCACCUUUGGGCUUACAAAGACUUGCAGACGAGAGAAGACAUAAGGAAUGCUGCCUGGCACAAGCCUGGAUGGGAUGAGCUCGUGUACUAUACAGUACCACUUAUUCAGGAAAUGGAAUCCAGAAUUAUGAUACCCUUGAAGAUUUCUCCACUUCAAUAAAGCCACUGGUCAGCUGGUGCCUAUGGAUAGAUUUAAAGUGACUUUUUUUGUUGUUUUUUAGUUAAUUUUGAUGGCAUGUGUUUGGCAAUGGAAAAAUUGACUUCCCAAAAUACUAUAUACUGAGGCUGGUAAAUAAGGACUCUUUUCCUCGGAUCCUGCAGGAGCACUUAUAAAUUUAUUUGGAAGAAUUGCAGGGUGAUCAUGUAAGUCUUAGCAUUCAACCAUAUUCAGCUGUGCAUUCAAACUUAUGCACAAGGCAUUUGGAUAGCUAGCAGGCAUUCACACUUCAGUGAUAGUUGCACAAGCUUUAAUCAUUUGAACAUCUAUAUUUAAUUUUAGGGAGACUUGUUGCAUGAACUUUUUUUCACCGUCAUAGCUGCUUAAUAAACCUGUUGGGCCUUCUGGUACAAAUCAUUGCUGGGGAAAGCCCUCCUCCUUUCCUACACCUCCCCAAAUUUGUGUAGAGGACAAACAGCAGAGUUGCUUUUUUCUUUCCAGGAAAGUUUUACUGCCACUUCAAGGAUAUAUGUUACCAGUUGCUCCUAAGGGCACAGUUGUUUCCUGCACUGGAAAAUGGUGACCGUAGUAUUUCUAAAAGUCACAGUGUUCACUGUUAGAUGCUGGGAAUGUUGAUGUGAAGUUAGAACACAGAAAUAGAAAAUCUGCAAGUUUUUUCAGAGUUUGGUCUGCCAAUACCUGUGCAGUUUGCAUCUGUCAGCCUUUACUCAUACGUAAGUCCAUUGUGUUUAAUAAGUCCAAUUUCCAAAAGAAAAUGGAGCUCUUGUCAGUAGGGGAGAAGCGAUGAUUAAGUCUUCCUCCAUUUCUCAAAUUUCAACACCUUCCCUCCCGUAUUUCUUUUUUUGGGAACUAUAAGCUUAAUUGCAGAGUAAAGGCACUCCCCCCCUUGCAUCUUAUCUUUAAAUCAUCCCAUCCUGAUUGCUCUGUUUGGGUGAAGAGUCAGGGGUAACGAGUUCCCCGGAAUGUAUUGUGAGCAGCUGUGCAGUUAGAUGGGGUUUAAACCAUAUGCCUUCAGCUUUGGGGAGAAGUUCAACGUGACAUGUUUAGAGAACUCCCUAAUCUACGGCGUUAGAUUCAGCUAAAAGAUCAGCGUAUAAACAUUUUGCGAACACCCCUAGACAUGUGCAGUAAAGUCGGAUGUGGAAGGAUUUUUGAAAGAAUGGUAACAUUUAUUAUUUCAACUACUUCUGUUGGGGGGGGGGGGUUUGUAGAAGGCAAUUCUGAAAAGGUAAUACAAAGAUUGCCUAUUAUAUUACUUAAAAGAAAGACAAAUUAAUGUUUCUUCCAUGUCUAAUCUUCUGUUUUUGAUUUUCUUUUAGAAUAGAUGGAUUUUUUUAUAUGUAUGUAUAAUGUAGAUACACCGAAGUGAUUAUCUCAUUAGUUAAGGAAUCAGUGAAAUACAUGGUUAUCUAUCAUCCAUGAAGUAUCCAAUAUUUCAGUAAGUUUUUUGGCAAAACAUGUCAAUAAAAUCCCAUUGAUUUUCACAUA